GCCCUACCAAAUCAAUUGAUCCAGUCAUCCGGUCCUCUUUCCAGUUCUCGCAAACUCGCACUGGAGAUUCGUGUGACGUCGGCACACGAGCCUCUUCACAUAUUCUCGAAAUUGAGACUUCAGAAUGCAGAAUCCCAAUUUUCUUCGCAAGUCGGGUCAACAAUGGCCGAGAACGUCAUCGGUACACCGUAGUUCUCCACGGUGCCGGUCGUCCCAAGACCUCGUCCAACUGCUCGUUGGCUGAUGAACAUCUCCAUUACCCCUUAAACGAGCCCGACCCCCGCAUGCCAAGACUUGUCCACCCCCAUGUUGUUUAUUCACUGAGAUCCAUUGGCAACGAAUGAUUGGUGGAUUUACAUACGUGAAUUUUUGACCCGACGCUUCGAUCAAGCGCCUUAGCUUUCUGGAACCUGGCCGUUCGGCGUAUCAGGACCCGGUGUUAUACUAGACAUAAAGCACACCGCACUUCUUCGAGAUGUCGGGCUUUCGUUCACUCUGUCUACGUGGGCAAACAAGAAGGAAUUGCUUCGGGACAGUGAAUAUUGGUCGGGCAACAUGGCGACAGUUUUGGUUGCUCUCCUCACUGGAGUGAGCCUUGCAUCGGCCGCACUUCAGGUUUCGCAAAAUGACACGACCAUCACCGUCGCCAAUGAUCGUCUCGCGGCCGUUCUGAGCAGAAGCGCAGGCCAGAUCGUCGAUCUUUCCCUCGACGGCCAGGAUCUACUGGGUCCCCAAUCAGGCUCGACGGGUAUAGGUCCGUACUUGGAUUGUUACUGCAUCCCUUCCGGUUUCUACACCGCGGGUGCCACCACUCCUUCCACGGAGGUUGUGCAAGGAGUCGAUUCUACGGGAACCAAGUACGCUGGCAUGAUUCUGACCGACACCUACACUCCGACGGGUCAGCAAUUCCAGCAAUACUGGUUCUUGCGUGAUGGAGAGACUGGCCUCCACAUGUUUAGCCGGCUGUCCUAUUUCAACGAGACGACACCAUAUCUUCGAAAUUUGCAAGAACUUCGAACUCUGUUCCGUCCAAACACGGCCUUGUGGACCCAUUUGACUUCCAGUGAAGUGCAAACUGCCCCUCUUCCGAGUAAGGAUGCCGUCAGCCAUGAAGUCGUCGUUCAGGAUGCAACCUGGACCUUCAACAACACCCCAACCGAUGCCUAUUACACGCAGUUCUCGGAUUAUUUCACAAAAUACACCUUUUCAAAUCCUUGGAGAAAUAACAGCGUUCACGGGUUGUAUGCCGACGGGUCCAAUUCAUCUGGCACGACGUAUGGAGCAUGGCUUGUCAUGAACACCAAAGAUACGUAUUAUGGAGGCCCAAUCCACUCGGACUUGACUGUGGACGGUAUCGUUUACAAUUAUCUGGUUUCCAAUCAUCAUGGAGAGGGAACACCCAAUAUCACAAACGGGUUCGACCGUACCUUUGGACCGCAGUUCUACUUGUUCAAUGGCGGGAAGGGUUCCAAAUCACUGAAUGAGUUGAGAGCAGAAGCUCUGGAUUUGGCCAAGCCGGACUGGAAUGCUGCGUUCUAUGACUCCAUCGCUAAGCAUGUCGUGGGCUAUGUUCCCUCGAGUCAGCGUGGCAGUGUUCGCGGAACGGUCAAACUCCCAAAGGGUGCUGUCCGGCCUAUCGCAAUUCUGAGUGCCAAUGGUGUUUAUCACCAAGACAACAGCGCUGUCCCUGACGCAUAUCAAUAUUGGGUUGACAUCGAAUCUGACGGGAGCUUUACCCUGGACCGUGUCAAGGAAGGCAAGUAUCGUCUUACUAUAUACGCAGAAGGAAUUUUCGGUGAUUUCGUCCGCGAUGGGAUCGUUGUUCGUGGAGGGAAAGCAACUACAGUCCGCGAUACUUGGGUGGAGGAAUCGGCGGGAACGGAGGUCUGGCGACUGGGAAUUCCGGACAAGUCUUCGGGGGAAUUCCGUCACGGCCGUGCCAAGGACACCACCCAUCCUCUCCAGCCCCCGGAGUACCUAAUCUAUUGGGGUGCCUAUGAUUGGACCAAUGACUUCCCCGACGGCAUCAACUACACCAUCGGGAAGAGUGAUCCCGCUAAAGACUUGAACACGGUCCACUGGUCCGUCUUCGGUCCUACGCCGUCCAACUCACAUGUAGAGUAUAACACCACCCACGACUGGAAUAUCCACUUCACAUUAAACGCAAAGCAACUACGUCAACGGAAGACCGCUACUUUGACAGUGCAGCUGGCCGGUGCAAAGACUGCAGCUGGAAAUACAGACGUCUGGAACUCGGCGGAAACGUACAAUAAUCUGUCUCUUGAGAGCUAUAUCAACGACCAUUCCGACCCUCUAACAUUGGUAAUUGGCUUCAAUCAAUCCAGCAGCUGCAUCGUUCGGUCUGCGGUGAGCUGCUAUCAAGUUAGCUCUCGCAUGUCAUUCCCUGCCAAUUGGCUCCAGGAGGGAGACAAUGUGCUGCGUCUGCAUCUCCCUUACAACGCGACCGACACCGAGACUGCAAUUUUGCCAGCAACUGUAUAUGUGCAAUAUGAUGCACUGCGACUGGAAGUGAAAUAA